UAUUUAUAGAAGCUGGUGCAAUCAAGCCGCUAACAGAGUUGAAGCGAAACUAAGCGAGAGAGGACGUACAUACAAUUCUUGUGAUUAAUUUAUUUGCUAUUGCUGUCAAUUUUUCUUGAUUGAUUUAAAAAAUGACAUUACCAGACACAAUGGACAAAGAAAACAGUUUGGACAUUAGAAAAUUAAAGGCCAUGGGCCACACUAUCAGAACCUGUGUAAAGCAAGCAAUAAGGCGCCAAGGCCUCACAUGUGGAAUGAAAGCCUGUGGGGAGCUGCUGCAAAGUAACCCAGGCAAUGUGAUGAUGUGUGUUCUACCAACUGAUUGUAACAACAUCAGCAUCCACAUUCAUCAGACCCUGAUUCAAGCCUUCUGUAAAGAAAACAACAUUCUGGUUGUUGAGCUCAAGGACGAUACAGCAUUGGCCACUCUUAUAUCUAAACUUUCAGAGGGAAGGUAUGGCCAUAAAGUAAAUGGGAGACCAGAUGACACCAGCUGUCUCCUUCUACAGUACCCCAAAAGAGGACCCAGCAAAGAGGAUGAGCUUGUGUUCAAAUUUUAUGAAAUGAUGAUGAAAGGCUCCCGCCCAUUGCCUCAUCUGGCACUGCCCGAUUGACAAUAAUUAUUUGGAUUUUCCCUGAACCAAAAAAUUAAAAAAAGACUGACGCUGUCAGCAGUGUAAAUGUCAGCACUGUACAAAUCCCAUCAUUUCAUCUACUUGAAGGGGUUGCACAGAACUACUCACCCACAGGAACUGCCAUUCAUGUUCAUGAUUGGACUUGAAAAAAAAAACAAUUCAUUGUGAGAGGGGAGAGAAUUCAAGGUUAAAAAGACUUAACCAGAAGUUGUUUGAUUUACAAUUUAUUUCAAAGCUGGAAAAAUUGUUGUGAAAUCUGCAAUACUUGUAGCCGGAAAGAAAGGCUAUAAUUGGUUACUUAAUGAACACAGUUGGCUUAUGCCAAGGACACAGCUAAUUUCAGACGUUAUAAUUAGUAAAUGUCAUUUGUACAAUUUUUCACUCCCAGUUAGUGAAUUUUUUCUAUAUGCUGUACUUUUUUGGAGCUUUUUAGCAUUCUUGUAAAAAAAAACAAUUGUUUUGAAAAGUUAAUUUGAUUAAAAUACUACUUUCUGAAAUGAUAGUAAAGGUAAAAAAUGUAAAAGCCGAACUGCUUUUUGUACAUUAUCUGUUAAAAAGGUGAAACUUUUUUUGUUUGUUUACUCAUUUUCUGCCUUCCACCACUGCUGAAGCUGAUAAUUUACUUAUUUAGGCUAGACAAUAAUCUUAGAUCUAAUCAUUGUAUUAUUUAGUCAACAGAUGUAUAUAAUUUAAUAUGUUUUGUAAAUAUGUUACAAGUUUUGGCAAUGUUUCCAUAUUCUAUUAAUUACAUUUUGGAAUUUCAGUUAUGAUUUUAAUCUAAAAAAUAUUCAUCUUGAAUGUAUGAAUUGGAAAUAAAUAAAAGAUAG